AUGCCUGCCCAACAAGAAACCCAACAGCCUCAAUCCAUCCAAAUGGUAGCUCCCCAACCCAUGGACGCAGGCAUCAACUCCGAGCAACCGCGCCCAACAGAGCAAAUGACAGCUGAGCCCGUUAGCAUGCGCGGAGGCGGUGACGUCUGCUGCGGAAUCUAA